AAUGAGCUCGCGGUGGGGGCGGGCCGAGGAGUAGGUAUAUAAGCCGCGGCGCUGCAGGCAGGGUGCCGACGCUGCCCAGGAUGUCUGCGAGUCAAGAGAGCCGAUCCAGAGACAAUGGCCCUGAGGGAAUGGACCCAGAUGGCAUCAUUGAGAGCAACUGGAACGAAGUGGUCGAUAGCUUUGAUGACAUGAACCUGUCGGAGUCCCUGCUGCGGGGGAUCUACGCCUAUGGCUUUGAGAAGCCCUCCGCCAUUCAGCAGCGAGCUAUUCUUCCUUGUAUCAAGGGUUACGAUGUUAUCGCCCAAGCCCAGUCUGGCACUGGGAAGACCGCCACCUUUGCCAUCUCCAUCCUGCAGCAGGUUGAGCUGGACCUGAAAGCCACCCAGGCCCUGGUACUGGCCCCCACCCGGGAGUUGGCUCAGCAGAUCCAGAAGGUGGUGAUGGCACUGGGCGACUACAUGGGUGCCUCCUGCCACGCCUGUAUCGGGGGCACCAAUGUGCGGGCUGAAGUGCAGAAGCUGCAGAUGGAGGCACCCCACAUCAUCGUGGGUACCCCAGGCCGCGUGUUUGACAUGCUCAACCGUCGCUACCUCUCCCCCAAGUUCAUUAAGAUGUUUGUGCUGGAUGAGGCGGAUGAGAUGCUGAGCCGUGGCUUCAAGGACCAGAUCUACGAUAUCUUCCAGAAGCUGAGCGGGAACACGCAGGUGGUGCUGCUGUCAGCCACAAUGCCCAUGGAUGUGCUGGAGGUGACUAAGAAAUUCAUGAGAGAUCCCAUCCGCAUCCUGGUAAAGAAAGAGGAGCUGACGCUGGAGGGCAUCCGGCAGUUCUACAUCAACGUGGAGCGUGAGGAGUGGAAGCUGGACACGCUGUGUGACCUGUAUGAGACGCUGACGAUCACUCAGGCUGUCAUCUUCAUCAACACCCGCCGCAAGGUGGACUGGCUCACUGAGAAGAUGCAUGCCCGCGACUUCACUGUCUCCGCCAUGCAUGGAGACAUGGACCAAAAGGAGCGUGACGUUAUCAUGAGGGAGUUCCGCUCGGGCUCUAGCCGGGUUCUCAUCACCACUGACUUACUGGCCCGUGGCAUCGAUGUGCAGCAGGUGUCACUGGUCAUCAACUACGACCUGCCGACCAACCGGGAGAACUACAUCCACAGGAUUGGGCGUGGGGGCCGGUUUGGGCGCAAGGGCGUGGCCAUCAACAUGGUGACGGAGGAGGACAAGCGCACCCUGCGUGACAUCGAGACCUUCUACAACACCUCCAUAGAGGAGAUGCCCCUCAACGUCGCUGACCUCAUCUAGCCCUGCCCACUGCAGGGGCGGGACCUCCUGGGGCUCUGCCCCUGUCCCAAGAGGCGGGACUUUUCCCCCAGCUGUGGGGGCAGGGCAAUCUGGGGCUCUGCCUCCUGGGGGGUUGCAGCUAGGCCUGCACAGGGGGUGGGGCUCUCCUUGAAGCACCACCCACCAAGGGGGUGGGGCUUGUGGGGGCCCUGCCCCCUGCUGGACCAGACUUGGUAUUUUAUUUUAAUUGUUGUUUGUAUGAUUUUUUUUUUUUUUUCUUUCCUUGGUCUUUUUUGGAAUAAAACCGUCGCUUUUUGGAGGUUAAAAAAAAAAUGCAAUUAAAAAAAAAAAACACAAAACAAAAAACAAACCCAGAGAAAAACCAGAAACAGUCCCAAA